AUGUCACAAACUGACAAGAAAUUGAAUGCAUUCCAUGCCAAAUUCAUACCAUCUCAUCCCGAACAAACUUCCUUAAGAAAAAGGCUAUCACCAACCAUGACUAUAAGUCUUUCCAAGAUGUACCCUGUUCUCCUAUUACUGGACAAUUGCUUAAACAAUAUCCUAUGGUUGAAUAAUACACAUUACCAUUAUUUUAACAAUGUUAUCCUUCUAAUUCUAUCGUUGAACUUCCUCAUUGCCGAUAGAACAUCCCAAUCACUUUACUCUAUUCUCAUAUUAUGGGUUGGGCUUCUCUCCACAGAACUGCUUAUAAUGUCUAUCGUUUAUUAUUGCAUUACACUAUCUAAUGAUCUAGAGACGGAUGAACCACCCACUUUAGAAGACAUAUUCAAUUUAAUAGACGCUAUUACACAUAAAUUGCACAUAUUGAAGGAGGAAUCGAUUGUGUCGAAAUUACAGAUAGAUUCAAAACUAUCUAUCAUCAUUAUUGUCGGGGUCACAUCCAUUAUUCAAUGGGCUCUGAUGAGUUGCAUCGCUGUUAAGAGAUACGUGAUUUCCUAUUUGAUAUUCUGUUCCAUUUAUCAUUCUGAUUGGGUUCAAGCAACGUUAAGAUUACUUUGGAGGUCAGGCUAUAUUAGAAAUGUUAUACAUCUGGUAGAUAGAUUCAAGAAGAAGAGACCGAUUAAGAGUUUGAAAGAUCUGAUAUCUAUACAGGAGAUUAAAUCCAAUGAGAGCCGUCUCAAAGUUUCUGAUUUGGAAAUCAUGGAAUCGUAUAUGGAUAUCAUACAUCUGGAGCAGACAGAUUCUGUGAAAGUUUUAGAAUUAACAAUUUGGGAAAAUCAAAGAAAAUGGAAUGGAAAGGGUUGGUUUACAAAAUUAUUCUCCUAUGAACGUGGUCCCUUUUCAAUAUUUGAUGCAGGACAGACAGUAUUGGAUUGUAAAGCUCCACUAAAAUUUGAAGAUGGAUUGUUUGAUGGAUGGACUUGGUUAGAUAAGAAGUGGGAAAUUAAUGAUUGGGUUUAUUUCGAUUCUUGUUGGAAUUUAGUUGGCUCCAAAGAUUCUUUACAAUGCUAUACGAGAUCAAGGAAAUGGGUGAGAAGAAUACUACAAUUAGAAUCAAACAAUGAAUCAAAGAAAAAUGUUUAA